AUGGCAUUGAAACAGAUUUCCAGUAGCAAGUGCUUUGGAGGGCUGCAGAAAGUAUUUAAACAUGACAGUGUUGAACUGAAGUGCAAAAUGAAAUUUGCUAUCUACUUGCCACCAAAGGCAGAAACUGCAAAAUGCCCUGCACUAUAUUGGCUCUCUGGUUUAACUUGCACAGAACAAAAUUUUAUAUCAAAAUCUGGUUAUCAUCAAGCUGCCUCAGAAUAUGGCCUUGUUGUCAUUGCUCCAGAUACCAGCCCCCGUGGCUGCAAUAUUAAAGGAGAAGAUGAGAGCUGGGAAUUUGGUACGGGUGCUGGUUUUUAUGUGGAUGCUACUGAAAAUCCAUGGAAAACUAACUACAGACUGUAUUCUUACGUAACAGAGGAGCUUCCCCAGCUCAGAAAUGCCAAUUUUCCAGUGGAUCCCCAAAGGAUGUCCAUUUUUGGCCACUCAAUGGAAGGCCAUGGAGCUCUGAUUUGUACUUUGAAUAAUCCUGGAAAAUAUAAAUCUGUGUCAGCAUUUGCUCUAAUUUGUAAUCCAGUGCUGUGUCCUUGGGGCAAAAAAGCCUUUGGUGGAUACUUGGGAACAGAUCAAAGUAAAUGGAAGAGUUACGAUGCUACCCAUCUUGUGACUUCUUAUCCAGGUUCUCAGCUGGACAUACUAGUUGACCAAGGAAAAGAUGACCAGUUUCUUUCAGAUGGACAGUUAUUACCUGAUAAUUUCAUAGCAGCCUACACAGAAAAGAAAAUCUCCGUGGUUAUUAGAUUACAAGAGGGUUAUUAUCAUAGCUACUACUUCAUUUCAACCUUUAUUAAUGAUCACAUCGGACAUCAUGCAAAAUAUCUGAAUGCAUGA